CAUUGAUGUUGAUGUACCAGGCAUCCACAUGGUGUCUAGGUACAAUCCCUUUGUUUUUGCUUCACCUAUAAAUAUAUACUUUCUUUAUACUUGUUUCCUCCUCCAUUUCUGUAAACCCAUUUUUUUUUUGAGAGAAGAGAGAAAAUUCAAAAAGAAACAAACAUCUUUGUUUCUCUCUCUGUUUUCUUCUCUCUCCUCUAGGGUUUCUCAAAAAUUCUCCUCAAAUUCAUCCUUUUUCAGCAAAAAGACAUUGCCUUUUCAUCCAUUUGAAGCAUAUAUUGUUCUCAGCUUAAAGAAGCUUUCACAAUCAUGGUCUUCUGGAUUUUUGGCUAUGGCUCCUUGGUAUGGAAUCCAGGUUUUGAAUAUGAUGAGAAAAUGAUUGGUUACAUUAAGGAUUACAAGCGUGUGUUUGAUCUUGCUUGCAUUGAUCAUAGAGGUACACCAGAACACCCUGCAAGAACUUGCACAUUGGAAGAAAGCAAAGGAGCUAUUUGCUGGGGUGCUGUUUAUUGUGUGCGAGGAGGACCUGAAAAGGAAAAGAAGGCAAUGGAGUAUCUUGAAAGAAGAGAGUGUGAAUACGACAGCAAGACCUUAGUAGACUUCUACACGGAUGAAGACUCUGCUCAGCCAGCUUUAACGGGAGUAAUAGUGUUUACAUCCACUCCUGACAAAGAGAAUAAUAAGUACUAUCUAGGGCCUGCCCCGUUGGAAGAGAUGGCCUGGCAAAUUGCGACUGCUCAUGGUCCCUGUGGAAACAACAGAGAAUACAUAUUCAAAAUGGAGAAGGCUCUAUACGACAUUGAUCACGAAGAUGAUUACAUCAUAGAGCUUGCAAAUGAAGUUCGAAAAGUUCUUGAAAUCGUAGGUGCUGGGAUUCAGAAGGAGAAGGAGUUACUUGGUUCUUCACACAUUCCACUCAAAACCCAAACUUCACCUGUGAAAAUCUUUCCCUUACCAGAAGCUCCUGCAGUUGCUGUCGCCGCCGACUCGUGAAGAAGAAAACUAACUGGAAGAGAAUGAAAUAUUAUGACUUAUGAGGAAUAUGUAGUUGUUCAAUGUGAGAAUUUUAGUUAUUAAUGUAUUACUUUGACCAGAUUAAUGUAGUGAAAUUGCUGUUGAAAACUUUAUUCCAAAACUUUUUAACACGUUUAAUCCUUUAUUUUCUUAUUACAAGGCUUACUGUUUGCUUGAAUUAGUAAAAACUUUGAACUUCAAAA